AUGGUUGCUGAUUUUAUGAAUAAGAAGUCUAAUGUGAAGGAUACCUAUCAUGAUGAGCAAGCCGCUGUGUAUUACCGCGGUGAUUUUCAUUCCUUAUCCAUUCAUGAGGUUGAACAACUCCUAAAAACAAAUAUUAGAAGAGGGCUAUCCUCAGAAGAUGUUGAGGGACGGCUUGCUAUUUUAGGACCAAAUUCAUUUGGUGAAGAGUCCGGUAUUAACUUCGUUGAUAUCGUGAUGAGACAAGUAUUCAACGCGAUGAUUCUUGUUUUGUUUAUUUCGAUGGUUAUUUGUUUGGGAAUUAGAGAUUGGAUAUCCGGUGGCGUCAUUGCAUUUGUUGUAUUAAUUAACGUGGCUGUUGGAGGAUAUCAAGACUACAAGGCGUGUAAAACUAUGGACUCCUUAAAGAGUCUCUCAACCCCAUCUGCGCACGUGAUCAGAAAUGGAGAAGAUACUGUAAUUCCUUCACACUCAGUGGUGCCAGGAGAUAUCUGUGUCUUGAAGGUCGGGGAUACUAUCCCUGCUGAUUUAAGAUUAAUUGAAUCUACUUACUUAGAAACUGAUGAGACGUUGCUGACUGGAGAAUCACUUCCUGUUGCAAAAGAUCAUCUUGAAGUGUUCCCUGUGAACACACCCGUUGGAGAUAGAUUAAAUUUGGCAUUUGCAUCUUCCGCAAUUACAAAGGGGCGUGCCGUUGGUAUAGUUAUUAAAACAGGUCUAGAAACAGAAGUUGGUAAAAUUGCCAAAUCUUUAAAGGGCGAGAAAAGACAAAGCCCUUUCAUGCGCAAGGACAAGAAUUUUGUUCAAAAUACUAUAAAGGCUGUUACACAGCCGAUUGGUAGGUUUCUUGGUUUCACUGUUGGUACACCUUUACAGCAAAAGUUGUCGAAAUUUGCAGUUUUACUUUUUGUAAUUGCGGUUAUUCUUGCUAUAAUUGUGAUGGGUGUACAACGUUUUGUUGUCACAAAGGAAGUUGCUGUAUACGCUAUUUGUGUUGCUUUGUCUAUGAUUCCAUCGUCUUUAGUUGUCGUGUUGACAAUUACAAUGUCGGUUGGAGCUAGAGUGAUGAGCACUAGGAAUGUUAUUGUGCGUAAUUUAGAGUCUCUUGAGACCUUGGGUUCGGUCGACGAUAUUUGUUCUGAUAAAACUGGUACAUUAACUCAAGGAAAAAUGAUUGCGAGGCAGGUUUGGGUUCCAACUUUUGGCACUAUAAUUGUAGACUCAUCGAACUCCCCUUAUGAUCCCACAGAGGGUGAAAUUUCAUUAAUUCCAAAGUUUUCUCCUUGGGAAUACCAACACGAUGAAACCGAGGAUGUGGGAAUUAUUAAGGGACUCAAAAAGCGUUUAAAAGAUGGUACUUUGCCCGCUGGUUUGGAUGCACGUUUAUUAGAACGGUGGCUCCAUACUGCAACACUUGCAAAUAUUGCAUCUGUUUUGCAAGAUAAUACCACUGGUGAAUGGAAAGCUCAUGGUGAUCCUACUGAAAUUGCCAUUCAGGUUUUCACCACGAGGUUGGACUUACCCCGUGAGGCACUGGUGCUAUCUGAGAUUGAUGAAUCUACUGAUGGCGAAAAUGAAUCAUGUUUUUCCUCGCAAGGUAAGAGAUACCGUCACUUGGCGGAGUUUCCUUUUGAUUCAUCCGUGAAGAGAAUGAGUAGCGUUUAUCUUGACAUGGAGGAAGGAAAUACUCACUGUAUUUUCACGAAGGGUGCUUUUGAACGGGUUUUGAGCCGUUGUACUAAAUGGUGUCCUAAUAUAGAUAAUGGAACAGCGCAAGAUAUGACUGAGGAGGCUUUGGAAACCAUAAAGCAGAACGUCGAAACUCUGUCUGCGGACGGGUUACGUGUGCUUGCGUUUGCCAGAAAGACUUUCACUGAAGCGGAAGCAAAGGAGUUGGGCGAAAAGCUGACGAAAGACCGUGAGUUUGUGGAGAGCGACCUGAUAUUCCAAGGUCUAAUCGGAAUUUAUGAUCCACCAAGACCAGAGUCUGCAGAUGCCGUUAAACGCUGUCAUAGAGCUGGUGUUAAUGUUCAUAUGUUAACUGGUGACUUCCCUGGUACUGCGAAGUCCAUUGCUCAGGAAGUCAAUAUCUUGCCUCAUAACUUAUACCACUACCCUAAGGAAGUGGUUGACAGUAUGGUUAUGACUGCAGCACAAUUCGAUAGCUUAUCGGAUGAGGAAAUCGACGCGUUACCUUUGUUACCACUAGUCAUUGCAAGAUGCGCCCCAGAAACUAAGGUCAGGAUGAUUGAUGCGUUGCAUCGCCGUGGUAAAUUCUGUGCUAUGACAGGUGAUGGUGUCAAUGACUCUCCCUCCCUAAAGAAGGCCGACGUUGGUAUUGCUAUCGGAAAAAAUGGUUCUGAUAUAGCAAAGGAGGCUUCCGAUAUAGUUUUGAGUGAUGAUAACUUCGCCUCAAUCCUCAAUGCAGUUGAGGAGGGUCGUAGAAUGAGCGACAAUAUUCAAAAGUUUGUGUUACAGCUUUUAGCUGUUAAUGUGGCCCAAUGCUUGUACUUAAUGGUUGGGCUGGUAUUUAUGGAUCAGGACAGGUUUUCAGUUUUUCCAAUAUCGCCGGUAGAGGCUUUAUGGAUUAUUGUGGUUACAUCGUGUUUCCCAGCUAUGGGUUUGGGUUUGGAAAAGGCUGCACCUGAUAUUAUGGAAAAGCCUCCUAGAGACUCAAAUGCUGGAGUUUUCACUUGGGAAGUUAUUGUUGAUAUGAUAGUUUAUGGUGUUGCUCUAGCGGCAUGCUGCUUUGCUUGUUUUGUUAUUGUGAUUUAUAAGUAUGGUGGUGGUGAAUUGGGCCAUAAUUGUAAUACUACAUUUGAUGAUGUAUGUGCUGAUGUCUUCAAAGCCCGUGCUGUUACAUUUGCAACAUUGACGUGGGGCGCUUUGAUUCUGGCUUGGGAGGUUAUCGACAUGCGUCGUUCCCUCUUUGCCAUGGUUCCAGAAACCGAGACUCCUUAUACUCAGGUUUUCCGUGACCUAUGGUCCAAUCAAUUCUUGUUCUGGUCGGUAAUAUUUGGUUUCGUCUCCGUCUUCCCGGUGGUUUACAUACCUGUCGUUAACACCAGGGUGUUUUUGCACAGUAGUAUUAGUUAUGAAUGGGGCUUUGCAUUUGCUUUUCUAAUAGCAUUUUGGACUCUCAUUGAAUUUUACAAGUACCUCAAACGCAGAUAUUACAGGAACAAGGACCGUGCAAUUAAUCCAGAAAGCGACUUGGAGCGUAAUAGAGUUCACGAUCCAUUUGAAAAGUAUACUACCACGUACUCUAGAACUACCCCCACAACUUAUGCUUUUCCAAUUGAAAAGGACGCUCUGAAGGAGAAAGAAAAAGAUAAUUACGUGUAA